AUGCAGAUUCUCAAUGCUUAUGAAGCAGCAUCAGGGCAGAAGGUAAACAAGGGUAAAUCAGCCAUAUACAUGCAUCAUUUAACAGAUAUUGAAUUGAGUAACAAGGUGGUGGGGAUUACUGGCAUUCAGAGGCAAGAUUUCCCUUUCACAUAUUUGGGAUGUCCCAUUUUUUAUUCAAGAAGGAAGAUGGAUCACUACCAAGGACUUAUUACUAAAGUUCUUGAUAAGUUGCAGUCAUGGAAAGGCAAGCUACUAUCGAUAGGGGGUAUAGCAGUGCUGAUUGCACAUGUUCUUCAGAGUAUGCCAAUUCACCUUUUAUCAGCUGUAAAUCCUCCAAGUUAUGUAAUUAACAAACUCCAUAAAUUAUUUGCUCAAUUCUUUUGGAGUAGCUCUAUUGGGGGUUCUAGUAGGCAUUGGGCAUCAUGGAAUACUCUACGUAUGCCAUGUGAAGAAGGAGGAAUAGGAUUUAGGUCGUUACAUGAUGUGUCCAAAGCACUCUUUUGCAAGCUGUGGUGGAAUUUUCGAACAAAGCCAAGCCUGUGGAGCUCAUUUAUGAGCCAGAAGUACUGUAAAAAACUAAAUGCUGUAGUUGUACCUUGGAGAGAAGGUUCACAUGUUUGGAGGAAGAUGUUAGAAUGUAGAGAUUCUAUUGAACAUCUGAUUAAAUGGCAUCCAAGGAUGGGGUCAUCUCUCUUUUGGUUUGAUAACUGGACAGGCCUGGGCGCUUUGUAUUUUGUUGUACCUCCUGAGUUUGGGAUAGAUGACACUAUUCACAAUGUCUAUGAUGUUGUUGAAGAUGGUGAAUGGAAUAUGGAUAGGCUGAUGGAAAUUCUACCUGCAGAGUAUGCAAUCCACAUUGUAGAAAGCAUAAGACCUCCAGUUGUGGAAGCUGAUAUUGAUACUCCUUAUUGGAUGCUGGAACCUCGAGGCCAUUUCACAGUCGAGAGAGAUAAGCACUCUUAUUGCAAGCUGUGGUGGAAUUUUCUGAACAAAGCCAAGCCUGUGAGCUCAUUUAUGAGCCAGAAGUACUGUAAAAAACUAAAUACGCUUAGUUGUACCUUGGAGAGAAAGGCCCGGGUGCUUGUUUUUGUUUGUACUCCUGAGUUUGGGAUAGAUGACACUAUUUCACAAUGUCUAUAUGAUGUUGUUGAAGAUGGUGAAUGGAAAUUGGAUAGGUUGAUGGAAAUUCCUACCUGCAGAGUAUGCAAUCCACAUUGUAGAAAGCAUAAAGACCUCCAGUUGUGGAAGCUGAUAUUGAUACUCCUUAUUGGAUGCUGGAACCUCGAGGCCAUUUUCACAGUCAGAUCUGCUUAG